AUGGAUAAGAACGAACGUCCGCUCAAAGUGCUCGUGACAGGCGCAGCGGGUUUUCUUGGAUCCAAUUUGGUCGAUUUCCUCCUUCAAAAAGGCCAUUCAGUGAUCGGGUUAGACAAUUUCCAAAGUGGCUCAUCCAAAAACUUGCAGCACUUGAGCAAUCACCCUCGAUUCGAAUUUUUCAAUCACAAUAUUUAUUGUUCACUUCCAGCGCUAGAAGGGCUCGACCAAAUCUACAAUCUAGCUUGUCCAGCAAGUCCAGUUCACUAUCAAAAAGAUCCGAUUUCGACUCUAAACACAUGUUUCCUCGGGACUCGAAAUCUCCUAGAGCUCGCAAGAUCAAGUAGUAUUCGAAUACUACACACAAGCACUUCAGAAGUCUACGGUGACCCAUCUGUUCACCCCCAAACGGAACAUUACUGGGGCAACGUGAAUUCAUUCGGUCCACGAGCCUGCUACGACGAAGGAAAACGCGUCGCUGAAGCUCUCUGCUAUGCAUACCGCGAGCAACAUGACAUUGACAUCCGUAUCGCCCGCAUUUUCAACACAUAUGGACCACGCAUGGGCGCCAGCGACGGACGAGUGGUGUCGAGCUUCAUUGCAUCUGCAUUAGCUGGGGAAGACCUCAAAAUCACAGGAGAUGGUACGGCAACACGGUCGUUCCAGUUUGUUACGGAUUGCAUGCAGGGACUUUAUACUCUCAUGAACAGUGGCUAUAGCAAGGGGCCGGUGAACAUUGGAAAUGAUGGGGAGUUUACUAUAGAGCGACUUGCUGAGCUUGUUAUCGAUCUUGUUUCGCGCAUGACGUGCCAACCUCGAGUUUCAAUUUCGCAUCUCCCACCACUUGUGGAUGAUCCUGCCGUUCGUCGACCGGAUAUUGCUUUGGCGAGAGAGGUGUUAAAUUGGCAACCUGUGGUUCAGCUGGAGGAAGGGCUGAGGAGGACUAUUGAGUGGCAUAUCAAUGAAAGCCGAUCUGACUGA